AUUGUCCAUCUUCUCCUGUAGCCAAUGGAGCAUCAGGCAAGAAGACGAGGAACGCCCAUACACGGACUAGGAACAGAAAUGGAGUAGAUGGACUUGUUAUCUUAUACCUCAACUCUUGUUACSCUAAAUUGCGUGCUAAGCUAGCAGUCAAUUAAGUACAGUAUGCUUUGUAAUUCGAUGCAACACAGUUUUAUUUGCGUCUAAGUCAAACCUAAUUUGACAAAUAACACAUCUUUAUUUGAUUGUAGCAUAUUCUAUACGAAUUUGUAAACAACCAGUGAAUGCUUWGCUACGACAAAGCACUGCCUAUAAUAGUAGCUAGCUAACGUUAGCGAGUUGCUAGCUUGAUAGACAAGCUUGGCUAGUUAACUAGCUGGUAGUCUUUGCUAGUUUAUGAAAUAAUUGGAAAUGACUUGGAAUUGAUGAACACAUUCGUUGUACUUUGUGUAAUCUUGAAUAUUUGAGAAAGCCAAGGCUAAAUAUCACAUUUCGCUAGCUAGCUAAGCAGGUUCGUGUUGUUGCUAGCAGAUUUUCCACCCGCAUCAGCUAACGUUAGCUAGCAACUUUUUUGUCUGUGUUGUCUUUCUGGGGUGAAAAGCCACAAUGGAUAAGGCAGAUUUUUUAAAAGGACUACCUGUCUUCAACAAAAGCAAUUUCAGCAGAUUUCACGCAGACUCUGUCUGCAAAACUUCAAACCGGAGACCCUCUGUGUAUCUUCCAAUUCGGGAGUAUCCAUCAGAACAGAUCAUUGUCACAGAGAAGACAAAUAUUCUAUUGAGAUACCUUCACCAACAGUGGGACAAAAAGAAUGCAGCUAAAAAGCGGGAGCAGGAGCACAGUGAGGGGGAGAACACUGCACCUCCGCGGAAAAUUGCCAGAACGGACAGUCAGGAGUUGAAUGAGGACUCGUAGAGUGCUGUGUCAUCAACAUGCAACACACACACAAUUAUGGAUAAAGAAGCACACAAGCAAAGUGCAUUUGACAGACAGGACAGACCACUGCCUACAUUGUUCAACAUGAUCUUGGGACGCUGACAGUUUUGUUUCUUUGUAUUUUAUUUUUAUUUUCCCUUAACUUCGAWUGGCACAUAGCUGAAAAGCUCUGCCUUGAUAACAAAAGACACAAUAACAUUAUCUCCUCCCCCUCAAAUUCAUCGUUGCUUGACCAUGUUUCUACAUUUCUAUUGCUCUGUUUGCUUUCAUUAAUUUACUUGUACUUCAUCUGUACUUUGACCUGUGUUUUUUAAAGUCACGUCCAUUUAAUCAAUUAAAUUGCAUGCAAUUUAUAUAUAUCC